AUGCCUACCCAGUGGUGGGAAUACCUGAAGACCAAGCCCUCUCCAGCCACAGUAUGGGGCAGCCCAGUCCUCCCAGAUCUGACCUCUUGGGAUGACUUGAUCACUUUUGAGAGAGUAUUUGGAGUCUGUCAGUGGCCUGGCGGUGAUGGGGUGCCCCGACUGAAGCCGGCUUUCAGUGCAGAAGGCCAGCAAGUGUUGAGUGGCAAGAACGCUAGAGGCAAAAAAACCUGUGGCAAAGUCAAGACCAUCUUCCUGCAAAAAAACUCCCCCAGCACGGAGCUUCACCGUCAGCGCUUCAGGCAGUUCUGCUACCAGGAAGCCGAGGGGCCUCGGGAGGUCUGUGGCCGCCUGCGGGAGCUCUGCCUUUGCUGGCUGGAGCCAGAGUGCCGCACCAAAGAGCAGAUUGUCGAGCUGCUGAUUUUAGAGCAGUUCUUGAUCAUCUUGCCUCAGGACAUUCAAAAUCAGGUCAGGGAACGUAGCCCGGAGACCUGUGCCCAAGCAGUGGCCCUGGCUGAAGGCUUCAUUUUGCGGCAGCAAGAAGACAAGCAGCAGGAGGAGCAGGGGACUCGAUCACCUCAAGAUGUGGCUGUGGAUUUUUCAGAAGCACAGAGGGUGUCAUUGGAGGUCAGGCAGCAGCAAUCCAGCAGCAAGAUACGGAGGGUGGAUAUUGUUAACCUUUCAAUGGGUGCCAAUCUAGUUAGCAGAACUGAGGAGCUGGAACAGCCUCAUCUGAAGUCCAAGGAAGAGGGGAGUGUGGCAGUCCAUCCAGUCUCAAGGGGAACCCAAAGGAAAGAGAAAAGUCACAUCUGUAUCGAAUGUGGCAAAAGCUUCACUCGCCCCUCAGAUCUGGCAAAACAUCUUAACGUUCACACAGGCGAAAGACCGUACCUUUGUGUCGAGUGUGGGAAAAGCUUUAGCCAGCUUUCCCAUCUCACAAGACAUCAGAAAAUCCACACAGGAGAGAAGCCUCACAUCUGUUCCGAGUGUGGAGAUACCUUCAGUCAACGGGCGUAUCUUGUCAGCCAUCAAAGGAGUCACUCAGGAGAGCAGCCAUACCACUGUUCCUAUUGCCAGAAAUGCUUCAGCCACCAGUCUGCUCUGAAGAUCCACGAGAGGAACCACAUGGGCCAGAAGCCCUAUGCCUGCACUGACUGUGGGAAACGCUUUGUGUCCUCCUCUUCUCUCACUACACACAGAAGGAUCCACACAGGAGAAAAGCCUCACGCCUGUGGGGUGUGUGGGAAAAGGUUCAUCCAACACUCCAACCUGGUCUCGCACCAGCGAACACACUCGGGGGAGAAGCCAUUUUCCUGUAAGGUGUGCAGCAGGAAGUUUGCCUACCCUUCAGAUCUUACCCGGCACCAAAAAAUCCACACAGGAGAGAAACCCUACGCCUGUGAUGAGUGUGACAGAAGAUUCACCAGGCUGUCUGAUCUCAUUACACACCAACGUAUCCAUACAGGAGAAAAACCGUACCGCUGCCUUGAGUGUGGGAGAAGAUUCAGACAGAGGGGUGUGCUGGUGAAACAUCAGAGGUGCCAUUCAAAAGAAUAUCCAAAAGGAAGUGAGGCCCUCCAGCCCACUGAGUCUCAAGCUAAAAGUCCAUUCAAAACUCAUGAGAUCAAACUGGAGAAAGAACUGGAAGACUAG